UAGACAGUGCUAGUCUGCUAACCCAGAGACACCGUGGUCGAGAGACUCAUUUUCUUGUCUUGUCUCACCUCCUCCAGAAGCCCGUCUCGUUCGGCUGUCUCCUCCCCGGGAAAAGCCGCAAUCAUGGCAUUUCAGCAAGCCCCGCAAAAGAAGCCCCGGCUCUCUCUUCAGAUCAAGACCACAUGCAGUCCCGCCACAAGGUCAUCAAGGAGUUAUGCAGUGGACCCAAGGGACCCGACUGCCUUCAACACCCUCUCAAAUGUCUAUGUUACAGCCAUUGAGAGGUCAGCGCCUAUCCAGGGAGAACCCAUCACCGCCAUCAACACACUCCAGGCCUUUACUCUGGCGACUCCGGUGGAAUACCAGGACCCCAAGCAACGAGUGGUGACUCCCUAUGUUGCUUCUUACCCAGAGACGCCCUUGACGGCGCACGCUACCUCACCCCGACCGCUGGAGAUCAACUAUCCUAGUGCCAUGACGGCUACUCCUCCUCUAUCCGCGGGCCCAAUUGACCCAAACGCUUCCAAGGUCUUCAGCUUCUCGGCUGCGGACGUCUCAGCCAAAUCGGCCGAGCUGAGCAAGGUCAUCCGAUCAGAACCUCCGGGUUCUGUCCGCCGAGCUGUUCCUAGGAACCUCGCCGGGUUGGGACUGCAGCCUCCUUAUACGCAUCCUCGAUCACUCCACAGCAUUCUCCGCAACUCGCCCCUCCCUCCACCGAGUUCCAUUCCCCCACCUUCGCCCCGACGACAAUCCCUUCGUCUUCAGGAGAAAGCAGCCAAGAAGGUCGGAUACAAUAACCCCUUGACGCAAGACAUCGUCAACAACAAGUACACCAAGUCUCACAUCGACCUUCUCGUGGAAGAGGCUUCACCCCACUCCCCGCCAUGCCUACCGGCUCCACCUCAAACUUCACUUGACUUGGCUCUCGCAUUCCACCCUAAUGAGAUCCAGGACGGUGGUCAAACUCCAGGCCCGUAUGAGGAGAUGCGGCGCCGAAUGGCUGGUUUGGGAACAGGAACACCAGUAGCCUCGCCUGUGGCGGCUCCCGGGGGUAUUCGUAAACGCAAGAGAAAGGAAAAGAAGCGACGCUGGGUAUGGACAAUCGGCCAGGACGACGAUGACGAGAAUGCGGGUGGCUCCAUUGUUGCCCUCCGAACCGAACCGUCAAAUAGCAAAACCGUCGACGAGGUCAAGACACCGAUUACUGCCAUCCCAAUCGUACAAAUACCGGAAAUCACGUAUCUGGAGACGCCAACCCCGAGCAUUGAGAGCGCUGAUUCUGCGAGCGAGUGUCAUGAUGUGGAAAUGUCCGACUCAAGCAGUUGCCUCUCUGAGUAUGAAGAGCGAGGGCUCACCCCAAAUGAGAUGGAUUUGGACGUCAAGACCCCGACUGCUCCGCAACGUCAGUGCAGCGUGGUCUUAGAUACGAACCGAGAUACACCGAUCCCUCCGGAACUAUUGGUUCAGGAUGGCAAUUCCAACCAUCCAACAAACAGGGACACACCCGUGCCGCCGGACAUGUUGUAGUCGGGGCACAUACAAAGAAUGAAACGAGGGAGUCUGAACGGCGUUUUGAAACUUAAAGCAUACAGCCAAUGGUCCCAGGACGUGG